GGCCGGGCUCGGGGAGGAUCAUGAAUGCGGCAGGGAACUGGGUGGCGAACGGGGCGAGCCUCGAGGACUGCCACUCCAAUCUCUUCUCGCUGGCUGAACUCACUGGAAUCAAAUGGCGUAGAUACAAUUUUGGAGGGCACGGGGACUGUGGGCCCAUCAUUUCAGCCCCUGCCCAGGAUGAUCCUAUCCUGUUAAGUUUCAUUCGCUGCCUGCAAGCCAAUCUACUGUGUGUAUGGCGCCGUGAUGUCAAACCAGAUUGCAAAGAAUUAUGGAUAUUCUGGUGGGGAGAUGAACCAAACUUAGUUGAUGUGAUACAUCAUGAAUUACACAUAGUGGAGGAAGGACUAUGGGAGAAUGGCCUUUCCUAUGAAUGUAGGACCCUGCUCUUCAAAGCAAUCCACAACUUAUUAGAAAGGUGCCUAAUGGAUAAAAACUUUGUCAGGAUUGGUAAAUGGUUCGUUCGACCCUAUGAAAAAGAUGAGAAGCCAGUCAACAAAAGUGAACAUUUGUCCUGUGCCUUCACAUUUUUUCUUCAUGGGGAAAGUAACGUAUGCACAAGUGUGGAGAUUGCUCAGCACCAGCCAAUCUAUCUGAUUAAUGAAGAGCAUAUACAUAUGGCUCAGUCGUCCCCUGCACCAUUUCAAGUGCUGGUGAGCCCCUAUGGCUUAAAUGGGACACUGACCGGCCAGGCAUAUAAGAUGUCGGACCCAGCCACCCGCAAGCUAAUUGAGGAAUGGCAGUAUUUCUAUCCAAUGGUGCUGAAGAAGAAAGAGGAGCGGAAGGAGGAAGAGGAGUUGGGAUAUGAUGAUGAUUUCCCUGUGGCGGUUGAAGUAAUUGUUGGCGGUGUUCGCAUGGUGUAUCCAUCAGCCUUUGUUUUGAUCUCUCAAAAUGACAUCCCAGUGUCUCAGAAUGUUGUCAGCACUGGAGGUCACAUUGCUGUUGGCCAGCAUGGAGUUGGAAGCAUGAAAGACCCUAGCCAUUGUGGAAUGCCGCUCACCCCACCCACCUCUCCAGAACAAGCAAUCAUAGGUGAAAGUGGAGGUCCUCCGAGUGCCAUUGGUCACUUAGCUGCCCAGGAGGGAAUGGCUACUAUGCACAGUCCAAAGAGAUCGGGGGAGAUUCCUCCAAAACUCCACAGUCACAUGGUCCACAGAGUCUGGAAGGAAUGCAUCCUCAACAGAACGCAACUCAAGAGGAGUCAAGUCUCUGCUCCACACUUAGAGGAAGAAGCCUCUAGUGAGUCUCCUCCUCCACCUUCUUGGGGAUUUGUGGAUCCUGCCCAAAGAGCCAGCUGUUCCUGUUCCAGGCAUAAGCUUUUCAAACAGCGCUGUGCAGUUGGGCCCAGUCGGCCCACUUCGAUAUCACAACCUGGGUUCGCUGUUGGCCCACCAUCUUCUUCAUCUUUGCCGCCUCCAGCCUCUUCUAAGCACAAAACAACAGAACGACAAGAAAAAGGAGACAAACUUCAAAAACGGCCCGUGCUGCCGUUUCACCACAGGCCCUCUGUGGGUGAAGAUCUAUGCAUGGAACAGGACGCGCCAGGACAGAAGCUGGCCUUGGCUGGGGUGGAUGCCUCCUUGGAGGUCCCAAGCAGCAGGAAGUAUGAUAAGCAGCUGGCUGUGCCUUCCAGAAACACAAGCAAACAAAUGCAUCUGAAUCCCAUGGAUUCACCCCAUUCCCCCAUUUCCCCUCUGCCUCCAACCCUCAGUCCCCAACCAAGAGGGCAAGAAGCAGAGAGUUUGGACCCACCGUCCAUUCCUGUGAAUCCAGCCCUCUAUAGUAAUGGACUAGAACUUCAGCCGUUAUCAAACCUGGAUGACAGGACUGUUCUUGUGGGCCAGAGACUGCCUCUGAUGGCCGAGGUCAGUGAGACAGCCUUGUACUGUGGGAUUGUGCCCCCCAAUUAUGAAUCAUCUGAUAAAUGGCACAGUUACCACCUACCACCAAGUGAUGACCCAGAGUUCAGGCCUCCAGAGCUCCAGGGUGAGCAAUAUGAUGUCAUGAUGGAGAUAAAUUCCGACAGCACUGCACUGAAAAGACUCUUAGCACAACCUCACAAACGGUUUAAAAUCUGGGAUGAUAAGCAGCCUCAGGGACAGGCAGUCUACCUUGACCCAUCACCUCGAAUGCAGCAGCCUGCAGAGACCCUGGGAGAUGCCAGUGACCCAUACACCUUUGAGGAUGGUGACAUCAAGUACAGUUUCACUGUCAACAAAAAAUGCAAACUCGGAAUGGAGAGAGAGCUACUGAAAAAGAAUAAGUCUGAAGAUGGAUUUGGUUCAAAAGAGAUCCCCACAACAGGUCAUUCCACACCAGUGCCCGAUGGGAAGGAUGCCAUGUCUAUUUUCAGUUCUGCUCCAAAAACAGAUGUCCGUCAGGAAAGUGCUGCCAGCAGAGCAGGCCCCAGCAGCCUUACCCAGGUGACUGAUCUGGCCCCUUCACUCCAUGACUUGGACAACAUCUUUGAUAAUUCUGAUGAGGAUGACCUUGGGGCUGCAUCACCAGCACUACGUUCAUCAAAAAUCCCAACAGUAGGAACCGAAGACCGGCCUCUGGGGAAAGACGGCAGAAUGGCAGUUCCUUAUCCACCGACAGUGGCAGAUCUACAAAGGAUGUUUCCCACUCCUCCAUCUUUGGAACAACAUCCUGCUUUCUCUCCUGUGAUGAAUUAUAAAGAUGGUGUCAGCUCUGAGACUGUGACGGCACUUGGCAUGAUGGAGAGCCCCAUGAUCAGCAUGGUCUCCACUCAAAUCACGGAGUUCAAAAUGGAAGUUGAAGAUGGACUAGGAAGUCCUAAACCAGAGGAGAUUAAGGACUUCUCAUAUGUGCAUCAAGUUCCCACCUUGCAGCCUUUUAUGGGUUCCUCCCUGUUUGCUCCACUGAAGAUGCUGCCCAGCCAGUGCCUGCUGCCUCUGAAGGUGCCAGAUGCCUGCCUCUUCAGGCCUUCCUGGGCAGCUCCUCCCAAAAUCGAGCAGCUGCCUCUGCCGCCUGCAGCUGCUUUUGUCCGGGAUGGCUACAAUAACGUGCCUAGCGUCGGCAGCCUCGCGGAUCAGGACUACCUGAACACGCCUGUGACACUGAACAGCGCGGCGCCAGCCAGCAACAGUGGGGCAGGCGUGCUGCCCUCCCCGGCCACGCCUCGCUUCUCCGUGCCCACGCCUCGGACCCCGAGGACUCCGAGGACCCCCCGAGGUGGAGGCACAGCCAGCGGCCAGGGGUCUGUGAAGUAUGACGGCACCGAGCAGGGCUCCCCGGCCUCCACGCCGUCCACCACGAGGCCGCUCAGCUCUGUGGAGCCUGCCACCGCGCAGCCCGUGCCCGAGGCCCAUAGUCUCUAUGUCACCCUCAUUCUCUCCGACUCAGUGCUGAACAUCUUCAAAGACCGGAACUUUGACAGCUGCUGCAUAUGUGCCUGCAACAUGAACAUCAAGGGAGCCGACGUUGGGCUCUACAUCCCCGACUCUUCCAACGAGGACCAGUACCGCUGCACCUGCGGCUUCAGUGCCAUCAUGAACCGCAAGCUGGGCUACAAUUCUGGGCUUUUCAUUGAGGAUGAAGUGGACAUUUUUGGGAAGAACUCGGACCUCGCCCAGGCAGCCGAGCGGCGGCUGAUGAUGUGUCAGACUGCCUUCCUCCCUCAGGUGGAGGGGGCCAGGAAGCCCCAGGAGCCCCCUGUCAGCCUCCUCCUCCUCCUCCAGAACCAACACACGCAGCCCUUCACAGCCCUGAGCUGCCUGGGCUACAUCUUCCCCAGUCACCGCCACACUGUCCCCGGGACACACUGGAGUUAUGACAGGGUGCAAGCAGACCACAACGACUCAUGGACGGAGUGCGUCAAUGCGCUGGAGCAGGGGCGGCAAUACGUUGACAACCCUACCGGCGGGAGGGUGGACGAGGCCCUCGUCCGAAGUGCCACCGUCCACUCUUGGCCACACAGCAACGUGCUGGACAUCAGCAUGCUCUCCUCCCAGGAUGUGGUGCGCAUGCUGCUCUCCCUGCAGCCCUUUCUCCAGGAUGCCAUUCAGAAGAAGAGGACAGGCCGGACCUGGGAGAACAUCCAGCACGUGCAGGGACCCCUCACCUGGCAGCAGUUCCACAAGAUGGCCGGACGCGGCACCUAUGGCUCAGAAGAGUCCCCGGAGCCCUUGCCCAUCCCCACGGUGCUGGUGGGCUACGACAAAGACUAUCUCACCAUCUCACCGUUCUCCUUGCCAUUCUGGGAGAGGCUGUCAUUGGAGCCCUACGGGGGCCACCGGGAUGUCGCUUACAUUGUGGUGUGUCCAGAAAAUGAGGCCUUGCUCGAAGGAGCCAAAACUUUCUUCAGGGACUUGAGUGCUGUGUAUGAGAUGUGUAGGCUGGGGCAGCACAAGCCCAUCAGCAGAGUGCUUCGGGAUGGGAUCAUGCGCGUGGGGAAGACAGUGACCCCAAAGCUGACGGACGAGCUCAUGAGUGAGUGGUUUAGUCAGCCCUGGAGCAGCGAGGACAGCGACAAUCAUUCCAGACUCAGACUUUAUGCACAGGUCUGCCGCCACCACCUCGCACCUUAUUUAGCUACUCUGCAGCUGGACAGCAGCUUAUUGGUUCCACCUAAAUACCCAGCCUCACCGCCAGUAGCAGCAGCAGUCGCCGCAGCAGCUGCCGCUGCAGCCGCUGCAGCUGCAGCCGCCGCAGCCGCCGCCGCAACAGCAGCACAGGCACCAGGCGCCCCUGGGAGCGUGGGCCCAGCCGCUUCAAAUCCAGGUUGUGCUUCGGGACCCGGAGCUCCGCCAGCUGGCACCUCCAAUGGCAGCUCAGGCAGUACUUCUGCGGCUGCUGGUUCCUCAGGGCCACCAGCCUCCUCAGCCUCCUCAGGGCCUGGUGUGACUCCAGGCAGUGUGACCUCCUCUUCAGGCUUUGGUGGUGGUGGCGGCACAGGCCAGACGCCCAGCGCUGGGACAAGCAUGGCAGACAGAGCGCCGGGGAGCCUGGGCUCCGGAGGGGACGCAGAACCUGGACAGAACUCCUCCCAGCAGCCCCCACCAGAAGGACAAGAUAGUGUCACAGAAAGGGAGAGGAUAGGGAUUCCCACGGAGCCGGAGUCAGCCGACAGCCAGGCCUACCCACCAGCUGUGGUCAUCUACAUGGUGGAUCCCUUUACCUACACUGCAGAGGAGGAGUCCACACCAGCAAACUUCUGGCUGCUUAGUCUGAUGCGCUGCUACACAGACAUGCUGGAUAACUUACCUGAGAAUAUGAGAAACUCUUUCAUUCUCCAAAUUGUGCCUUGCCAGUACAUGCUGCAGACAAUGAAGGAUGAACAAUUUUUCUACAUUCAGCACUUGAAGUCCAUGGCAUUUUCAGUGUACUGCCAAUGCAGGCGCCCUCUGCCCACCCAGAUCCACAUUAAGUCUCUCACAGGCUUUGGACCAGCAGCCAGUAUUGAAACGACCCUCAAGAACCCUGAGAGGCCCAGUCCAAUCGAGCUUUAUUCCCCUCCUUUUGUAUUGGCACCGGUCAAAGACAAACAGACAGAACUGGGAGAGACAUUUGGAGAAGCCAGCCAGAAGUAUAAUGUGCUCUUUGUUGGCUACUGCUUGUCCCAUGACCAACGCUGGCUGUUGGCCUCUUGCACUGACCUCCAGGGCGAAUUAUUGGAAACUUGCAUUGUAAAUAUUGAUUUACCAAACAGAUCUCGGAGGAGUAAAGUGUCUCCACGCAAAAUUGGGCUCCAGAAGUUAUGGGAAUGGUGCAUUGGAAUUGUCCAGAUGACAUCAGUGCCCUGGAGAGUAGUGAUUGGGCGCCUUGGGAGACUUGGCCAUGGGGAGUUAAAAGACUGGAGCAUCCUCCUUGGCGAAUGUUCCCUGCAGACAAUCAGCAAACACCUGAAGGAGGCUUGCCGCAUGUGUGGACUCUCAGCCGCAGACUCACCUUCCAUCCUCAGUGCCUGCCUGGUGGCCAUGGAGCCCCAGGGGGCCUUUGUUGUGAUGCCAGAUGCCGUCACCAUGGGCUCUGUGUUUGGGCGCAGCACUGCACUGAACCUCCAGUCAUCUCAACUCAACACACCUCAAGAUGCUACUUGUACACACAUCCUGGUGUUCCCAACAUCUUCGACCAUCCAGGUGGCUCCAGCCAACUACCCAAAUGAAGACGGCUUCAGCCCCAACAAUGAUGACAUGUUUGAUCUUCCGUUCCCAGAUGAUAUGGACAAUGACAUUAGGAUUUUAAUUACGGGGAACCUGCAUUCCUCUCCAAACUCCUCCCCGGUUCCUUCCCCAGGCUCUCCUUCUGGAAUGGGAGUGGGCUCGCACUUCCAGCACAGUCGGAGCCAGGGGGAGCGCCUUCUUUCCCGAGAAGCCCCUGAGGAGCUGAAGCAGCAGCCCCUUGCUCUGGGGUAUUUUGUGUCAACGGCCAAAGCUGAGAAUCUUCCCCAGUGGUUCUGGUCCUCUUGUCCACAAGCUCAGAACCAGUGCCCUCUCUUCCUCAAGGCCUCCCUGCACCACCACAUCUCCGUAGCUCAGAUGGACGAACUUCUCCCUGCCAGGAACUCCCAGCGUGUGCCACACCCUCUGGACUCCAAAACCACAUCUGACGUCCUAAGGUUCGUUCUGGAGCAGUACAACGCCCUGUCCUGGCUCACGUGCAAUCCCGCCACCCAGGAUCGCACCUCUUGCCUUCCUAUCCACUUUGUGGUGCUCACUCAGUUGUACAACGCCAUCAUGAACAUACUUUAAUUUGAAAGCACUUGUUCCUUGUGGCUCGGACCUCCCUCUUUCCUCGAAACCUCAAUCCAAGAAAUGAAUUCUGCACUGGCCCAGAGUCCUUCCUCCAGACCAGCCUCCAGGAGCCUGCGGGGCGCGGGGCUGUGCAGUUGUGGCGGAGGGUGUGCGACGCUUCUCCCGGAGACCGGGGAGGUCCUGGACACACGGACAUUUAGCUGGGGUUCACGUUGCGGGUGAUCCCAUCCUACUGGUCGGUCAACAGGAAGUCUUGUGUUUUGUGUGCGUGUCUUUUUUUCCCCCCCGAAGGAGGAAAACAUGGAGAAUGUGGUGUCCAUUUCCCUGGGGGACUGACCCUACUUUUAAAUCUCUAAAUAAGGGCGAGUUUGCUCUUUGGGUCGAAGGCCUCUAGGGACUGGUAUGGGUGACCUCUCAGUGUUUGAACUCUGUAAGGUGGGGCUUUAUGAAAUAAGGACCAGCUCAAUAUGUUAUUAAAAAAAGAAAAAAAAAACAAAAAAACAGAGUUUCUGCCGCCUUAAUAAUAGAUAUGAGUGCUUUGGUUGAUUUCCCCGUCUAUGUGGAUGGGAAUGGUCUGGCACAUAUUAACUUUGUCUAUUUAUUUUAAAUCAUAUCGUUGUCUUUGUUUUUGUUUUUAAAUUAGCAAGGACCAGGUACUCUAGAUGAAACCCAAUCGGGAGCCCCCAUAGGAUUAUUUGUCUACACACCUGUCUGUUCUCUGACCUAAAAACCAGAAGAGAGGUAAAAACCAAUCCAGGGAGACUCAGAGCCAGGCCGUAGGCUUAGCCAAGGGAGCUCAGGAGGCUCUCUACCCUAUUUCUUGUCAAAAGGCCAGGGUUAAGUACAAAGUAACAAGACGGGCGACUCCAGUUCAGGGCUGUGGUGGGGAUCGUGCCCAGGCCCCCGUUUCCAGAGUGGGGAUCGAGGUGCCCUCUCCCAGCAGCAGUCCUCAGAAAGCUAUAUUGAAAACUAGACCUCCCGUGAAAGCGGAAGCGAAUUGCGGAGAGCGUUUGCUCUGCAGAUCAUGUACGAAUAUGGUGGAUUAUUUCUGGACCAUAGGAAUAUUAUUUCAAAGAAAUAAUAAAACUUGUCAUUAAAUUAGUACUUGAAGUGGAACCACUGUGGUGGAGCUUUAUUUAAUUACAGUGAUUGCCUUUUUGAAAUGUUAAUAAUGGCUGUCAUGGAAGCAUUUUAUGACGCCUUCAUUUCAGGCUCUCCAAGUCUUUGGGGGCGUUUGUUGUGGCUGCUGUGGGCAUUUGUCACUGAGGAGCAGGGGCACAGAAUGUCAGGCAGGGAGAUCAAGGAGUCUGUGGAAAGAAUCAUGCAAAUUUUAAAAGUUCUUCCAAAAUACUUUCAUGUUCUGGUUAACAAAAAAAAAAGUGUAAUAAUUACUAUGAUUUUUUAAAAGUAUUUUUCUUGAAAUAAUCUAAUGUUUAAAAACAAAGUAUAUUAAAGAAAAAAAAAGUCUGUCGUGUGGUGGGAAUGUGAAAGCAGAGAAGUCACCAUGUAAAUGGAUAAUUUCGUUCUCUGAACCACCUGUGGGACGGUGGGGGUGGGGGGAGGGCGGGGCAUCUCCGCAAUGUAUAGGUUAAAAAAAAAAUCUGAUAUAUCAAACCAUUUGUAUCUAAUGUGUACAGUGUAAAAUUGACUUUAAAAAUAUUGCAGUGCUAUUUUUUCUUAAUCAGAAAGGAAAAUUCUCAAGGCCUUUUGAAGCGCAUAAAAAUAUGAAGAUUGUAAACAUGUAUAAAAAUCUAACUUGGUGAGAAGACAAAUUGUAAAGUAGACAUUUGUAAUCUUUUACCACUUUGGGGUUGUUUUUUCCCAGAAUUCAUCUGAAUUUUUUUUUAAUGGGCUGUUUUUAUGCAGGGGCUUUUUUUCCCUAGAAACCCAGUUCUAAGCAAAAAGGAAAAAAAAAACCCACAAAAAAAAUUAUUAAAAAAAAAAAAAAGGCAGCAAAGGGUAGUUUUCAUCUGGUGUCGUUUUUAUUUAAGUUUUUUAAGUUAAGAAAAGCUGGUGACAUAUUUAUACGUUUUUGUGCAAAAUAAAUGAAUGGCAAUAGAUUUUAAAAAAUCUUAUUAUGUACUUCUGUGUGAAAGUCUGUAUAAUAUUUCCCUUAAAUAUGCAUUAUUUUACUUGUGAGUUUUUUACUGAAUUAAUCUGAAAUGUACAAGCCCUGGAUUUGCUACAGAGUGAAAAAGUUAUUUUAUUUUUUUUUUAAUUUCUAAUUUUGGAGAUCAUGCAGAAAUCAGAACUCUUACUGUGGUUUGAGCUGAGGGGCGAGGGGGGGGGAGGGGAUUGUCCCGCAUGCCUGUAUGUAUAUUUCAGAACCUUUUUUAAAUGUAAAAGCUGUACAUUUCUGGGAAGUUCUGAAUUUUUGUCUUUUUUUUUUCCUUCAAGCAUUUUGCAGUGAGCUUCUUUUAUAUAUAGCAGACAAUUUGAAAGAAUACAAAAAUAUGUGAAGUUCAUUAAAAAAAAAAAAA